CUGGGGAUGUGGGCGGUAGAGAUGGCUGCUCUGUGGUCCUGCGUCCUGGUGGCUGCCUCAGGAAUUCUUGCCAUAGACACUCCUCAUCCCAGGAAUUCUACUCUGUAUCAUCUCACCAAGCAGCUCUUAGAGAAAUAUCACAAGGAAGUGAGGCCAGUUCACGACUGGACCAAGGCCACCACCAUCUAUCUGGACCUGUUUGUCCAUGCCAUAUUGGAUGUGGAUGCACAGAAUCAAAAAUUAAAGACAAGCGUGUGGUACCGUGAGGUCUGGGAUGAUGAGUUUUUAUCCUGGAACUCCAGCAUGUUUGAUGAGAUUAGUGAGAUCUCCCUCCCUCGAAGUGCUAUCUGGGCCCCUGAUAUCAUCAUUAAUGAGUUUGUGGAUGUUGAACGAUCUCCUGACCUUCCCUAUGUUUAUGUGAACUCAUCCGGGACCAUUAAGAACUCCAAGCCCAUCCAGGUGGUCUCUGCAUGCAGUUUAGAGACGUACGCCUUUCCAUUUGAUGUCCAGAACUGCAGCCUGACCUUCAAUAGCAUCCUGCACACAGUGCAAGAUGUAGACCUGGCCUUCCUGAGAAGCACAGACGACAUCAAGCACAACAAAAAUGCAUUUUUGAACGACAGCGAGUGGGAACUUCUUUCUGUGUCCUCAAUGUACGGCAUCCUGCAGAGUGGUACUGGAGAUUUUGCACAGAUUCAGUUCAAUGUGGUGAUUCGCAGACGCCCAUUGGUCUAUGUCGUGAGCCUGCUGAUUCCCAGCAUCUUCCUGAUGCUUGUCGACCUGGGGAGCUUCUACCUGCCACCCAACUGCCGCACGAGGAUUGUGUUCAAGACCAGCGUGCUGGUGGGCUAUACCGUCUUCAGGGUCAACAUGUCGAACGAGGUGCCGUGGAGCACAGGGAGCACCCCACUGAUUGGGGCCUUCUUCACAGUUUGCAUGGCCUUCUUGGUUCUCAGCUUAUCUAAGUCCAUCCUGUUGGUCAAAUUCCUCCACGAUGAGCGGCACAGUGGGCAGGAACGGUCCCUCCUGUGCCUUCGAGGGGCUACUGAUGCUGACGGGCCUGGAAUGGAUCCCAGGGCCCCGCACGCUGGGCUAACAGGGUCCUCCACCUGGCGAGACCAGCAGACCCAGUCAGGGGCCCUGAAUGAAGUCUGGCUCCAGCUUCAGUCCAUCAACAGCUACCUCCGAACUCAGGACCAGGUGGAGCAACAAGAGGUUGAGUGGCUGGCUCUCCUGUACCGCUUUGACCGACUGCUCUUCCGAGGCUACCUCGCCGUGCUGAUGCUCUACACCAUCACCCUGAGCUCCCUUUGGGUGCUGUGGAGUGGCUUCUGAAGACUGAAACUUGCUGGUCUCCUCCUUGUGCUCACGGCUCUUAGAGGAGGCUGGAGGUGUUCUUGUGGGAAGAUGGAAGGCGAAGGAAUGGUGGAUUUAGAAGUCCUCCCCCCACUGCUUUUCACUAAGUCCAAGUAUAUCGCCCAGUGGACUACUGAAUGACCCAGAGGCAAUGCAUUUAUGAUGAAACUGUCUGGACAGUACUAAGUACACAGGAGAAAGUCAGCCCUCCUUCUUAUCCCAGUGCACGCUCUGAAAGUAGCCACCACUAGCAACUACUUUUAGGAAGCUUCUAGGCACAUACAUGCAUAAAUGUAUGUGUAGACAGCUUUAAAAAAAAAAGAAAGAAAUUGUAGUGGCUGGCAUUAUGGCACAGUGGGUUAAAUGCCCACUUGCGGUAACAGCACACCAUAUGGGCACCGGUUCAAGUCCUGGCUGCUCC